CGACCAAAACCAGUAGGCAGAUACAGGCGUUAAAAAGGGCCGUUCGGAUGGUGAGCUUUACCAAAGUGUUCAGCAUGGAGCCAGCUAUGGAUGCCAUCCCCGUGAAGUCGCCACCGGGAGGAGUGAGAUAUGCGGGCGGGAGGGGGUUGAGACAGGCCCGCCGGCGAGCGCAGGUCGGCCCGGUGGUUAGAGCCGCGCACGCCGUGCUGUGUUUAGUGACUGUGGCUAACAUGGGGAUGGCGGUGUUCAACACGGUGAACAUACAGCGGCUGUGGCAGGCGUGCACAGCCGGGGGAGGGGGGCACGGGACAGGUGUGGAGACAGGAGUCACUGCAGCUCAGAUUAACGAGCAGGCAGGGAACUGCAGCAAAGACCAUCCCAGAUGCAGCAGCCUUCACGUGCCUGUGGCGCACCUAGCGGGACUGACGGGACUGCAGGACCCACCCAGUCAAGAAGGGUCCAUCUCAACUAUCCACGACUGGCAAGUUGAGCCAGGCGGGUCGUCGUUCUGGACGCACGGCAUGGACGUCACCUCCCGACAAAACAUAGUCGUACCGCUCACAGGAUACUACUACGUCUACAACCAGCUGCAGUUCCGGCAAACCUCGCCAGGCGGCGCGGACGAGCGGACCCUCCACCUCACCCAUAUCGUGUUACGGCGAAGCGGCUCUUCAGGGGUAGCGUCGAGGCUUCUGAUUGGACGAGCCACCAAGAAAGUUUCCCCCCAAGACGGUUCGUGGUAUCGCACAUCUUACGUGGGCGGAACCUUCCACCUAAAGGCGGGAGACGUCUUGCAUGUGGACGUGACAAACUUUGAUAAAGUCAACCCACAGGAGUCUGGGACAUACUUUGGGGCUCGCCUGUUGUCUCUGUAGGAGCUAUUUUAACAUUCAGCUUUCUAAGUACUAGUAGCCAUUUGGAAACAAAUUUGUAUUUGUACUUGUAUUUGUAUAGUAAAGUCGGCAGUAAGAAUGUUAAGGCUAUUCCUGGACCAGUUUAAUUUCUUAUUUCUAGAAAAAUAUCAUUACUGAAUUGCUUAUAGCAAAGUUUAUAUCUGGAUUUUUGCCCUCCUUGUUUAUAGUGGAUGUACAGACAAGUUUUGCAGUUCAAUGCUUUACCCUGUGAUGUGGUACUUCUAUAGCCUAUAGUUCCAGUUAUAUAUUAUGAACUCAAGAGAUUUACAAUCUUUAUAUGCUUUGCUUGGGAUGGAAAAUUUUCUACCAUAUUGUCCAGUAUAAUUUGAGCAGUGGUGGAAUGUAAAUUGUAUUUACUAUGUGAUAGUUCAUGUACUUACUAAGGAGUUACUUAGUUAUCUUUCUAUUUCUUGAAGGAAUUAUUGUGUA